AUGCCAUGUCUCCAGCGAUUAGCAGUGGAUAUAUGUACAGAAGAUGUGGGUCUUGUUACUGGUCAGAAUUUUAUUCGAAUUUUAUCAUCAUCAGUUAUCGAGAUACAUUUAUUUAUUAUUUAUUACUUCACUAAAUCACAUAUCGAAGUAAAUACUUUGCUUUCUACGUGGCCAACUCAUAUUCAAAUAACAUGUUUACUAAAUGAACUGAAUGAAUAUGCAGUAAUUCAUACAAUUCCUUGCGACUUAUCUUUAGUGAUGAUUCCAGCUAAAAUAGCUAAUUGCAUGUUGGCUGUUACUUUUCAAUCAACUCAAUCGAUUGUCUUGCAUUUACCUCAACUGAAGCGUCUCCAUGUGAAGGGAAUAUGUGAAAUAUUUCAUCUAGUUCAAGCUGCUCCUAAUCUCGAGUGUUUAAGAAUUAAUUUCAAUUGUUUGAAUGUUGUACUCGAAGAUAAAUCUACAUGUGAAUUAUUACAAAAGCGAAUUGUAGAUCUUGAAAUUAACCGUUUUCAAGAAAUUGAUUCGAUUCAAUUGGAUGUUAUUGCACGAAAGUUUAAUCAUCUUCGUGAUUUUAGUUUAUCUUUGGAAAGUCCUACAGUUUUCGUCGAUUCUCUUAUUCUAAAAGUACUUUCAUUGUGGAAAGAUAAAAGUCUUCGUGGUCUUUACAUCAGAGGUUUGCUAACAGAUGAAAUGAAUAAAAAUCUUCGUCAAUGGUUUAUCAAUCAGAGUCAUUUACGUCAGGAAGAUGCAUUCGUUGUUGAAUACAGGACCAAUUGGAUUUCUAUGUGGCUUCAAUAA